AUGGCGGCCGGGGCGGCCGCCGCCCCGCCGCCGCCGCCGUCGGGGGGCGCUUGGUGCGAGUCGUGCGGGGACCUGCGGCGCCGGAUGGCCCGGGCCAUCGCCCAGGCGGCCUCGCUGCGGGAGCUGGGCGCGCUGCGCGAGGAGGUGGCCGGCCUGGAGGCGCGGCUGGCCGAGAGGGACGCCGUCUGCAGCCUGCAGGAGGAGCAGCUGGAGAGGCUGCAGGCCCAGGCGGCGGCGGCGCCGCCGCACGGGCAGCGGCAGGCGCCGCCGCCCGAGCCGCACGGCCGCGCGGGCUCGGCGGUCUUCCAGCCGGACCACGGGGCCCGCGGCGGGGCCGGCUUCGGCUGCGCAGCAGCGCGGCCAGCGGCCCUCGGCCGGCGGCGGGCCCCAGGGCUCCCCCCGCCCCACCUCGAGCAGCAGGCCCGACAGCACCAGCCGCAGCAGCUCCUCCAGCGCCACGAUGUGGGUAAGAAAGAGGCAACAAUCUCCAAGAUCAAGUCGCACCGCGAUUCUCUGUUGCAAAAGAUUGAAGAUAUGCAAGAUGUAGUUAUUGACAUUGAGGAGCAAUUACAGAAGGAGGAAGGAGAAUUGGAGGAGCUCAAGAGGGCCAAUGACCUGGCCCCCGCAGCGCCCCAGGAGCUGCUCAACCCCCUUACUGAACUUUUCUCAUCCUUGGAACAGCUGGUACCAAAUAUCCCCAAUGAGCAGGCAAGGGCAGUAUUGCAGCACCAGUUCGCGAAGGACGUCGUGCGCAGGGAGCUGGGGGUGGAGGAGAUGAAGGAAUAUGUGAAGCUGGAGGUGAUAUUGCAGGAGCAGUGUCAGGAAGAGCAGAUGCACGCUUGGAAGGACGUCUCAGGAACAUGCAAGCCCCUGCACAUACGCGAGCACGAGUUUACUUUGCAGGGAUUCAGGCGGCAGCUACUUAUGGCGCUGAAGUCUUGGGUUGGUCGCCUACUGAGAUACAAGGACUUCGACAAGCAGGAGCUCGCGCUCUUGGCAUUGCAGGUGAAAGCCCAUUUGAAGGAACAGGAUGCGAGGUCGGAGCUCGAGCUGUGCCACAUCAAGGGCAAUGCUUGGGCGGACCAUGCAGCCAAGCAGGCGGCGUGGGGUAACAAUAUGAGCUGCACGGACCUGAAGGCCUUUAAGCCUUACGGGCGCACCAGCGCCCUGCGAGCCUACAGCCAGCCCGCGGACGGAUGGAGCGAGUCUGAGGACGACGCCGCAGACGGCCAGGACGAGCAGGCCAGCCUGAACGGGCUGCUGGAGUCUGCCCUCGAGGCCCCUGGCGACGCGCACGGGCAGCAACGAGAGCUCGUUGCCCUGCAGCGGUUCCUCAAGGGCGGCCCCAUGGCGCUCUCUGCCUGGUCAGGCCCCGGCACGCCGCUCGGCGCCGCGGUGCGCUCCGGGCGCUCGGACGUGGCGAGAAUGCUGCUCAAGGCGCACGCCGAUCCGAACGAGAAAGACCCCAAAGGCGUCAGCGCGCUGCACCUCGCCGCCUUCGAUGGGAGCGUGGACCUCUGCAAGGUUAUCCUCUUCGCCCACGCGCACGUGGACCAGCGCGACCGCCACGGGCAGACGCCUCUCUUCUUCGCGCCUUCCGCUGCGGUCUGCAAGGUGCUGAUCGAGAGCAACUCGGACGUGCGGGUGUUGAACCGCAAGGGGCAGUCGGCGCUGCACCUCGCCGGGAGAGCAGGCCUCUGCGAGGUGCUGGAGUGGCUGGGCUCGCGGGUGAGCCGCUCUCUCUUCGAACUGAAGGACCUCCACGGCGCGACGGCCAGCGACUACCUGGAGCAGUCCGGGGCGGUGCCGAAGCCGGCGGCGGCCGAGGGCCCCGAGCGGGGCCAGCCGCAGUCGCAGCGGCCGCCCAGCCCGCCCGCCAGCCCCAGGAGAGCUUCCCCUGCGCUGCGCGGCCGGGCGGAGGGCCUGCCGCAGGCCCUGGCAGAGGACGAGGCGCAGGCCCGCCGCCCCGCGGCUCCGAAGGCGUCGAGCCAGGCCCCGCGGAUCACCGUCAUCAGCGCCGCAAAGGAGAGCAGCGCAGUGCCCUCCGCACCACGUUCCUGGAGUCAGUCAGGCCAGUGGUUGGCACCGCCUUCAGCUCGCAGGUCGAGAGGAAGCUACAGCGGCCCCAAGUGCAUCGUCGACGAGCGCAGGCACUCCGGGGCGGCGGCGCCGGCGCCUGCCGCCCCGCCCGCGGUCCAGGCGCCCGCAGUGCACGCCCCGGGGCCGCGGAUCCUGGACUUGCGCCAGGACCCCCACCGGAGCAGCCGCGGGAGCAUCGGCGGCCACGACCCCGGUCGCCAGGAGGCCGCCGGGGAGCGCCGCAGCUUCAGCCUUUUCAACGUCGGCGGCCGCGCGCCGCCGCCGCGGCAGAUGCCCCCCGGCGCCGGCGGCCGCGCUGCGGGCGGCCAGGCCGAGGAUCUGGCCCUUGAAGCCGCAGCGGCGCUGGCCACUGCUGCCGUCACGGCUGCAGCAGCUGGCAUGCAGGCCGUGAGCAUGCAGGAGGCCGCAGCCAGCGCGAUUGCGCCACAGGCCGCCGACGAGGACUUUGACAAUGACGCCGACCACUGGCCGGUGCAGGUAAUGGACUCAACGGCGAGGCACCAGUUGGAGCAGGCGAAACCAGCGGCAGAAUCGAAGUGA